AUGGCCGACAUGAACGUACCCAGCGACCCCAAUUCAGAGGGUGAAGACAGCAACCUGCCGGAAGUGCGCCUGGAGUUAACCCAGGCGGGCGUCCGCCAGGUGAUGUCACUGUAUACCGAAGAACAGGCAGGCCGGGCCCAAUACGGCGGCAUUUCUUUUGGUAUCGAUGAGUUGCUUAUGGCGUUACGCGAGCACUGGCGGACUGUCGCCAUGUGUCUGCUUGCCGGUGUCUUGCUGAGCAUUAUUGUCCUUUCAGUGACUGCUCCCCUUUACACGGUAACCGCCCAGGUGGUUCUGGAACGACAGGACCCCAGCGAAACCCGCGUUGCGCCAGUCAAUACCAGCUCAGCGUUUAUUGCGACCCAGGCAGAAGUGAUGCAGAGCCGGCGGGUACUUGCAGGGGCAGUCGAACUGACUCAACUUGAACACCCGGAUCCGGAGCAGGACGAGUUGGAUGCCGCGCAGGAAUCCAUUCAGGCCAGUGCGGUCAGCGGCACACAAGUGGUUGCCUUAAGUUAUCUGGGGCUGGACCCCGUUUACGGUAUAGAACUGCUUGAUGCAACUGUCACCGCUUACAGAAAUCGUCUGCAGCAGGAAGAAAUCGAAAACCAGGAACAACGACUCAGCGCCAAACAAGCUGAAUACGACGCACUGCUGGCUGACAUUCAGGCGCUUGAGCAGCAGCUCGAUACCCUGCGUAGCAACAACUUCAAUGGUGGCAGCGCUGAAGAUGCCGUGGCCGCCCAGUUACAGAUUAUCCGCGAUCAGACUCAACGUCUGGGCACCGUGCGACAGAAUCGUAUUGCCCUUGAAACCCAAUUGCUCGCGGGGAGCAUGUCUUCCGCCCUGAACGACAACCCCGUCACUCGCUCACUCCAAGACCGACUGAUACAGGCGGAGGCAGAACUCGCUCGGACCCGACAGACACUGCGUGCGGGACAUCCGACUGUAGAGGCUGCGCAGCGCGAAGUGGACUUACUGCGCAACCAGUUGACACGCACUGAAAAGGCAACGCCACUUCUGAUCAGCAAAGAAGUGGAAGCAGCCAAGGGCCUGGAAGAACAAUUAAAAGCUGUGCUCAACGAAGAACGUGAGACGCUGGCGCAAGCCGAGCGGCUUCGAAGAGAGGAACGGAUGGUCGCUGAAGAACUGAGUCAAACCCAGGAAUUGGUAGACGAGCGACGUCGCGCACUGUUGGAUCAACGUUUACUCAAACGGCUUGCGGAUGCCGGUGAGUUUGGAGUCACUGCACGACUAAUUGCGGAGCCGGUAGAACCCCAGGCACCUACAUGGCCGAAUCCGUUACUGGUUUUCAUCCUCUGCUGCGGGCUGGGUGGAUUAGUCGGUGUGUGCUGGGCAGUGUUCAAAGGCCGUCAGGCGUUUGACCCCUGGGCAUCCGAUCUCAACGAGUCUACGCAUUCAUGCGAAUCCACACUGCCUGCAAGAGCUGUGCUGGUGACCUUCGACGAUGGCUACCGGGAUUUUGCUGAAGUGGCUUGGCCAAUCCUUAAAGAUGUUGGUGUGCCUGCCACCCUGUUUGUGCCCACAGCUUUUCCAGAUGGUGAAAACCGCGGAUUCUGGUGGGACCGGAUUCAUGCCGCACUACUACAGACAAAGCUGACCUCCCUGCAGAGCGCUCCGUUGCCGGAGCUAUCCUUAGAGAAUUCACACCUCAGGCGCCAGGCCUACAAAAUGAUGCGCAAUCACGUGAAGUCGUUACCACAUGGCGAAGCCAUGGCGUGGGUGGAGCAGACGUUAGACAUACUCGGCCAUCCUCCCCCCUUAAACCAGGUCCUGGAUUGGGAUGCGUUGCGUAAGCUGGCAGCUGAGGGCUUAUGUAUAUGUUCCCACGGGCGGGACCAUGCCUUGAUGAGCCAGUUGAAUACAGAACAACUCCGCGAAGAUCUGACGGAAUCACAAACAAAGCUACAGGCGGAGCUCGGCUCAUAUGCUGAUAUAGCCGUGCUCGCGUAUCCGGCUAACGCCACGAACUCCGCGGUGCGCAGCGCAUCCAGACAGGCAGGCUACGAAUUAGCAUUUGGCGGACAACGCGGCGUCAACCGAGAUGUGUAUAAAAUUGGGAUCCCAGAUCUGCUGAACGUUUUGGUCUGGCAACAGGAAGAGCUCUCCGGACCUGCACUGGUGCGCACCGAUGGCAAAAUCUCCAUACCUUUGAUUGGCGAUAUUCGCGCCGCAGGCAAAACACCGGAAGAACUUGCUGAACACAUUGAGAUUGCCCUGGUCGACUACGUCGCCAAACCCCAGGUAGAUAUAUCUGUCGUAGAAAUGCGCAGCCAGGUAGUCAGCGUCAUCGGUGGCGGCAUAGAACGCUCCGGCGUGCUGGAACUUCGUCACGAUAUGAGAGUGUUAGAUGCUAUUGCGGAAAUGGGCGGCUUUACCCCGUUUGCCAAGAAGCGCGACAUCAUGGUUUUGCGGACCACCGACAACAUUGAGGAAGAGCUUCGUUUCGACUACGUCGAUUUCAUCAAAGGUCGUACCCGCAGUUCUAACUUUUUACUUGCACCGGGUGACACCGUGGUGGCCACAGAGUUUUCAGCGGCUUUCAUUGGCUCUUCCGCCUAUAACUCCAACGUAUUUGGUACAGAUGGUGACGAAGACAGUGACAUGCUGCUGGAAGCCGGUACAGAACUGGAAUUGCGCAGCGAUCCUGAGCGACGCCUCGAUUAUCUGCUCAACUACCGGGGAGAUUACCAGUCUUACGCGGAAGCCGACGAAGCCAAUGCCAUGGAACAUCGUCAGCGUUUCAGGCUUCACUAUGACAUUGAUCCCAUCACGCAGAUUAUUCUUAACCAGCGUUAUCGCGAUGUCUCGAAUCUACAAUUUGAUUUGGCAGACUUCGACAGCGGUGACACAGGUAUUGACAUCAGUCAGAACCGAUACGAACGCAAUGACAUCACCGUUGAUCUAACGCGCGAGCUUUCUCGGCGCUGGUCUGUCAGUGGCAACCUCGGCUAUCAGACCAUUGACUUCAAGCGCAAUAUCAACCGCAGCGACAGUGACACAACCGAAGUCGGUGUCGCUGUCAAUUAUCUCCUCAGUGAAAAACAGGAUAUCGGCGUGGGCGUACGCUACGCCAGCCAGGAUUUCGAUGGUGCAGAUAAUCGUAUCAGUGCCGAAAGCGACUACUUCUCUCUUUCUCUACUGUGGACUUACCGGUUCGAUGAAUUCUCAAGCCUGGCCAUUGAAGGGGGUCCAACCUGGGUUGACACCGAGCAGGACCGUCUCAGCCAGACGGUAACCAAUACUAAUGUUGGACGUUCUAACGGGCGCAACCUGUUGCGUGCAAACUUCAACGCCUGUGGCAUCGGCGGCGGUCAAGGCCAGCCAAUAGCCAGUUUGUGUGAUUUUUCUGACCCUAACGCACCAGCCAUUCCCGCAGGUGAUCUUGGCCCUCGGCAAAGCUACCUUCUGGAUUUCACCGGCUUUGACACCAGCGACGACGAUGUGACCUUCUUCGGCAGCGUGGUGUACACCAAACGCGUUUCCGAUUGGGAGCUUGAAGCCAGCUAUACACGCCGACAGACAGCAACUGCAGGUGAGUCCCUCGCCAGCAGCCUGGAUCAGUUUGCACUAGGAGCAGAUUACGUACCCGCUGGCGAGCGCUGGCAGCUCUACGCUCGUCUCACAUUGGACAAAAGAGACGCCAUCACUGAGGCACUGAUCAUCGACUAUACCCUUGUAGAGGAUAGUGAUGGAUCUGCACUUCGAGAUGCCGCGUUUAUCAGUGAUGCCGGCGGCAACAUUGAUCGAGACGUUCUCACCGGACUGGUCGGCGGUCGGUAUGACUUCACCCGCCUGUUAAGUGGCGGACUGGAAUUCCGUUAUCGGGAUAGCGAACGACCAGCGAGCUUCGCCGCCAGCGAAGACGCUCAGUCUUACGAAAUCGAAUUGUCGUUACGUUACGAGUUCUUCAGUGACCGCCUUUAA